AUGACUACCGCACCACACAUGCCUGCCAAGGCGCACAGCUCCGAAGACGUGCACGCACGGCCAAAAGGCAUCCUCAAGAACUCCAACUCCUUCACCGGCCAUGCUCCCUCCCCUGUGACAGCCGCCUCGCCGCCCACCAUACCAACGAUCUCCGAGCCGGAAGAAACAAAGGAACUCACCCUGCAAAACACCCUGCAAAACGCAGGCCGCCGGAGAUCCUCAUCGACCACGCGGCCAGGUACAAACUCGCGCCGCCAGUCCGGCGCCGGCGCCAUAGACGAAAACGAGCCUCGCCUCAAAUGGGACGAAGCAAACCUCUACCUAACCGAGCAAGAGCGCACGGCAAAGAUGAAGAUCGACGAGCCAAAGACCCCAUACGCCCCGCACUACGACCCCGCCGAAGACGACGAACAAAUCCGCCUCGAUGAGGCUCAGGAUUCCCUCCUCGACGCGCAGGGUAUCGCUGUUGAUGAGCUUGAGCUGGCUAAGCCCUCGCAUCGCAAGGGUGUUUCUGAAGAGGAGAUUCCGGAUUUGGAACUUGGUGAGCCAGAGGAGAACGUCCAGCCUGUGGCUUCGGAUGAUCCUCGCGUGUUCCGGGACCGCAGUAUGAGCAUGGACUCGCAUAAAAGCGAGAAGCAUGUUCAUGUUGGUGGUGGGGCGAAUGGCUCGGAUGCGCCUGCUGAUGAUCCGCUUUUGAGUACUGAGGAGGCCCGUGAGAAACACCGUCAUUUUGAGGAGCAGCGGAAGAAGCAUUAUGAGAUGCGGAAUAUUAAGGAACUGCUUGCUCACCCCGAGGAUGUGGACGAGGAAAUGGAAGAUGAUGAUGGAUCGGAGCCUGCUCCCCCACCUCCUAUGCCUCAAAUGCCUCAGCGUUUCCGCAGUGGACAAUAG